UGACAAGUGGAAAAGCUAGCGGCUUCUUUCAUUUCAUUUGUCUUUCCCUCUUGAGCAAACUGACAAGCAAGCUUCUCAUAUUCUUUGCCGACAACUAAAAAUGAGUACCGAAUACGAUUAUUUGUUCAAGUUGUUGCUAAUCGGAGACUCUUCCGUCGGCAAGUCCUGCCUGCUUCUCAGAUUCGCUGAUGAUUCGUACAUUGACAGCUACAUUAGCACCAUAGGAGUUGACUUCAAAAUUAGGACAGUGGAGCUGGAUGGGAAGACUAUCAAGCUGCAAAUUUGGGAUACUGCUGGCCAGGAGCGUUUCCGGACUAUUACAAGCAGUUACUAUCGUGGUGCACAUGGAAUCAUUAUUGUCUAUGAUGUUACCGAAAUGGAGAGCUUCAACAAUGUCAAGCAAUGGCUGAGUGAAAUCGACAGAUAUGCAAAUGAUAGCGUUUGCAAGCUUUUAGUUGGAAACAAGUGUGAUUUGGCAGAGAACAAGGUUGUGGACACAGAAACGGCAAAGGCAUUUGCAAAUGAGCUCGGUAUACCUUUCCUGGAGACUAGUGCAAAAGAUUCCAUCAACGUGGAGCAGGCUUUCUUAACCAUGGCUGGUGAAAUUAAGAAAAAAAUGGGCACACAACCUGCUGGAAACAAGUCAGCUAGUACUGUUCAAAUCAAGGGACAGCCAAUCCAACAGAAGAGCAAUUGUUGUAGCUAACUACUUAUAGUGUAGUUGUAUCCUGCUUUACAAAUGUUGAAUGCAAAGUAAUCAAAUAUGUAUUUCCCAGAUUAUGUUUACAUGUGACAACAUGUUUACAAUGUGUACAUUGUUGUUCUUUGCAUAUUGCAAUUUGUUGCUAUAUAUAUAUUUAUGGCAUACAUCAUUACUACU